AGACCAAAACACAAAAAUUUCCAUAUUGUCUGCUUCUAUAUUUUUUUCCUCCCUCUGAAGAUUCUCCAAUAUCCCAACCAUCAUAGUAGUUUAACUGCUCCAUCAAAUAAAACCACAUUUCCAUGUGGCCCAAUAUACUUAUACAAAUCUCACCACCCAUCAAACACAAAAAAAAACUUUCCAAAAAAUAAAAAUGGCAACUCAAAAUCUAAUCCCACUUCUAAUCAUUCUCGUCUCUGCCAUUUUGGCUUGUGUUGAAGCUCAAACAAGCGAUCAACCCUCAUGGGCCAAGCGCAACGAAACCGAAAAAGAAGUGAUCACAACGCUCCAAUUCUACUUCCACGACGUCGUUAGCGGGCCCAACCCGACUGCGAUUAGGAUCGCCCAAGCCGCCUCGACCAACGCCUCCUCCUACCUCUUCGGGGCGCUCUGGAUGAUCGAUGACCCGUUGACCGUGGGGCCUGGCCCGUCUUCCAAGCUCAUCGGGCGGGCUCGGGGCCUCUAUGGGUCGGUCGGGCAGACCGACUGGGGGCUGAUCAUGGCCCUUAGCUAUGUGUUCACCGAUGGCAUAUACGAUGGUAGCUCGUUUAGCCUUCUAGGUUUCAACCCGGUCACGAAGUCGGGCCGGGAGAUGGCCGUGGUCGGAGGCACUGGGCUUUUCCGGCUGGCCCGGGGGUACGCCAUCGCGAAUACCUACCAGGCUAAUGCUAACGGGGAUGCUAUUGUUGGAUACAAUGUUACUAUUGUUACUUAUGUUUAAGAUUCGUUGAUGACAUGUUUUAUUGUAUUUGAUUAUCGUAAAUCUGGUUGUGAAUUCAAGAACAUUAAUUUUUGAUUUUUUA